AGAUUCAUUUGAAACGUCUCCUCACCAGUCUAUGGAUUCUUGCCUGGAUUAUGAAGAACCUCCAGCGGAGGCGAUUUUGAAGAAAAUAAAACAUCCUUCAACGAGAAAACAACCCGUAAAUGGUUUGUCUUCAGAUUUCCACGAUUACGAUGAACCAGAAGGUGUUAUUGUAUUAUCGCAUAAUGAGGAAAAUCAUGACCCGGCAAUAAAAGACAAUACCGACUUCCACGAUUAUGCCGACCUAGAUGACCAGGCAAUAAUUGACAAUAUUCACUUUCACGAUUACGCUGACCCGGAUGAUGAUAAUGAUGAUGAGGUGGAUAACAAGAACUGUCACGUGGUACUUGAUGAAUAUUCUUCGUGCCACCAUGACUAUGCUGAUCCUGAUGAAUAACAAAAGUCACGUAAUUUUUUAAAAUGUCUAGAGUGAUGCUAGGUAUGUUAAAACAUCGUGCUGUCAGAACGCGCGACCAGCAUAGGGUUCUCAACAGGAUUCAUCGCAGUGAAAUUUGGAAACUGUUCCCAAAUUCGACAGCAUAGUUCUUAAAAAAAAAACCUCUGUCUGCUGGCUAACAAGAUAUUUUCUCAUUCCGCUUUUUCCACAAAAUGUCCCAGUCUACGUUCUUCCUGAAACAGAAUCGAAGAUUGAGAACAACUGACAUGCAGGCAAAUUGACUUCAAAGAUUAUCCACGUUGAGUCGUAGCUUGGCUAAUUUAAAGCCUCGUUAUUGUUUGUGGCUGUGUCAACCACAAUUUAAAAUUUUCUCGUGUAUGCUCAGUAACAGAAGUUGCUGGCGAGAACACGCCUGCUGCUUUCUUGCGGUUUCUGAUUGGUCACCGAGAAUCUGAAGACCUUCGUUACUAGUGAUUCAACCAACAGCUCCAACGUCCUUGUAGACAAAAAGAACAGCCCUUUUCAAUGACGUGAACUCUUCAAUGGAAGACAUGUGAGGGAUGCGGUUUUAAGGGCGACUGAGUUUUUGAUAAAGACUCAGCGACAAGUUCUUCUGAACAAGACACCAGAACCAGAGAAACGACUCUAACUUAUGCUGAAACUUACUUUUGUAUUCGUAAACUAGCAAGAUGUAUUUAAUCGAGAAUGUAAAAUAAUUUCGGCGGUAAAACUUUCAGUUAUCUUUUCUUUCAAAAACGGAAGACGUUUGCUUUGCUUUCGCAAGACAGAUUUUAGGUCUUCAGGCAUCGUUUUAGAUGUUUGAAGGAAGACUGUUUUAUGGAUAUCGAAUCUAUAUUCGUACACAGUAACUUUGAUAACCCUUGUGAGAUAAAUAAGAAUGAUUUAAUGAUAAAUUUCGUCCUGGAAAAUUUACUCUCUAUAAACACUUUAACCGAUAACAGUGAUUGGCAUCUUUUUUCUUCCCACAGCAUCACUGUUGCAUAUCAGUGACCCCUAAGAGCGACCAGCAUCUAAAUUCUCCAUACAAUAUCACUACUGAAUCACACAUUAAGGUCAAGAGAAUAAAAGAAAUGAUCACCAGCUGAAGAAGCUCUUGAUUUUUAAUCAAAUUCUCCUUGUUAGCACCGCACGAAAUGUUUGAGGAGAUUGUGGAGAAUGUGCAUACCGAUCUAAGGGUGUAACGGGUUUAAAUGGUUCUAUUUUCGCGCGAAGUGAAUUCUAACCCGAUGAGAAGCUAAUGAGAGACACAUACGUGCAAUUUCUUUAGUAGAAGAUUAGAAGCUUCAGAAUAUAAUGAAAGACGAGUGCUCCCAAUGAGGUUAAUGUAGUGAGACAUGACAUAAGUCGGCGAAAUGUUUUCCAAAGUCCGUUGAUCAAUUUUGACGUCAGCCUCUCAGAUUAAUAUUAAUUCCUUUAAUCGUGUCGAUCACGAGGUCGUAUGAGAAUAAACUACCACAAGGGACAUGCUACAGUAAAACAACAAUUAUAACACAGAUUCGAUAACCAAAAACAUUUUUGCGUAGAUUAGAACAAGCUAAGAACUUACGCAAUUUGUCGUAGACAAAUCGCCAAACUCUUUAAGUGUGGUUUCUGGCGGUGCAAUCUAGUGUCAAUUGCCUAUAAUUAGCAGAUUACA